UAAAAUAAUACAAGUAUAUAAGACAAAUAUUGCGCUAAAUUGACCGAGGUGGUCAAACCCUAACUCCAGUGCUGGUUGGGGCUAAUCCCACUCAAAUUAUCUUGUUCAUGCUUCAAGAUGACCACCACAAAUUAUACAGCGGAAUCACUCUCCCUCGUUGAAAUACCGAGCAUUGCUGAAGAAUACGGAGAAGAAGGGUGUGGCUCCUUUGACACGGACGAUGGUGAAAGCAUUAUCCCCACUGAUGAAGACUCUCACAGCGUUGGAAGCGAUGAACAAAACUUGUCAGAAGCCAGUGAGCAGGAAGAAGUGGAUGAGGCUGUGGCGGAAGAUAUGAGAAAACUCGAGGGCACUUUUAAGGGUAUCUCUAGCAUGUAUCGCCUGAUCAAUCGCAUCGGAGAAGGCACGUUUUCUACCGUCUAUAAAGCUGAAGAUCUUCUAUAUGAUGAAUAUGAAAAUGAAUGGGACUGGGAGCGAAAGUCUGAUGACCAGGAUCAUGAACGAAACAGAAAUCUGCAGUCCACCGACAGACACUCGUCUAAAUCCCAACGGAAGGCUAAACGGAGGCCUCAUUACGUUGCGUUGAAAAAGAUCUAUGUUACUAGUAGCCCAAGUAGAAUCCAAAAUGAGCUUGAGCUAUUGAACGACCUCUACGGUAGUCGUUCCGUCUGCCCUCUUGUAACUGCAUUCCGAUACCAAGACCAGGUAGUGGCAGUAUUACCAUACUUCCCUCAUACUGACUUUCGAGUCCAAUAUCGCACGUUCCUUGUUUCUGACAUGAGACACUACUUCCGUUCUCUUUUUACCGCCCUCCAUGCAGUUCACAAAGCUGAUAUCAUCCACCGAGAUAUCAAACCAACCAACUUUUUAUACAACCCAAAACUUCGACGAGGUGUUCUUGUUGAUUUCGGCCUCGCAGAGCGCGAAUAUCUAGGCGGGGAACUCUGCCACUGCGCCCAGAACUCUACAGCAAGUAAAUAUCGCGCCAUGUGGUUGCAAACAAACAUUCGUUCCAAUGCCCAGUCUGCAGGAUAUCCUAAAAACGACUCGCGCCCUUCACGGCGUGCAAACCGUGCGGGAACCAGGGGCUUCCGUGCACCAGAGGUCCUGUUCAAAUGCACGUCGCAAACGACAAAGAUUGACAUCUGGUCGGCUGGAGUCAUACUACUGACCCUCCUCGGUCGACGUUUUCCCUUCUUCAAUUCUGCAGACGAUGUAGAUGCCAUGAUUGAGAUUGCAAGCAUAUUUGGGUCACGCCGCAUGAAAGCUGCGGCAGCAUUGCAUGGACAGGUUUUCGAAACGAACUUACCCACCAUUGGCGAGAAGGGGUAUUCCUGGGAAAAGAUAGUGCUGUGGUCUAGCUGCGUGGCGCAACUCACGGAAAGCGAAAAACAAGCUACUAGUUUUCUUUCUAUGCUCCUGGAAUUGAAUCCUAGCAAACGGCCCACGGCCAAAGAGGCCUUGCGUCAUGAAUUCUUCACUCAUCCGGAGGAGGAGGAUUUGGCUUGGGAGGACAUUGGUGAUAAAGAACAGGAUGAUAAACCAAACCAGGCACAGGCAGUAGAAGAGCAGCGUCAACAGGAGGAGACAGUCGAGCCAGCUGAUGAAAUGCACCUUGUAUGAAAUGUUGGGUGCAUAUCUGCAUAUAUAUACUUUUUCAGCACUGGUGUUAUGAGCGGCUGCAAAGGGGUGCAAGGGCAUGGAAAUGGAGGGGUUAUUGGCUUCUCAGUCUACUAUUUCUAUGGAUCAAAGCAUAAGUGUUUCAAUAUCCAAGAUGAUUAUAUCCAU